CGUGAGGGUGUCCCGUACCACCGUCCCGCCGCAUCGCAGGUGCGAGCCUCGCGACGAAACACGCGACGAACUUGGAGUCAGCCUUACAGUGCCAUGGAUUCGUGACUACCCGUGUGCGCCGCCGACAUGUGCAAUAGUGAAAUGGUACGGUGUGAGUGCCGUCGUGUGUUGUGUGAGUGCGCGACCUGUGGAUACGUUGCCAAGUGAAGUGAAAGUGCCAAUUUUGUGGAUUUUGUGAUUUCGCCACUGUGUUUCUCAAGCGGUUUUACAUGUUAUGGAUACCAAGUGAUCAUGUGAUGGACAACCCCGGCUACCAGCACGACGACCCGGCGGCCCUGCAGCAACAGCAACAGCAGCACCAGCUGCAGCUGCAGCAACAGCAAAUGCACCAGCAGCUGCAGCAGCGGCCCCUGCCGGGCACGCCGGGCACGCCGGGGUCCAACGACAUGGCCGCCAUCGCCGAGCAGAUGCAGGGCGCGCAGCCGCUGCACCAGCCGCUGUACCACGCGCUGGCCCAGGAGAGGCGGGGCUCGGCGCCGGGGUCCAGAAGAUCGCGGUCCCUGAGAGCGCCGCCGAGGAGGCCGCCGCCGCCCGUGCACGCCGUGCCCGAGGACGCCAGCAAUCAGUACACGCUCAACAACAGCAGGGUGAGCCUGGCGUCGUGGUCGCCGGGCCCCAGCCCCGGCGUGGGGGCGCGCAGCACGACCAGCAGUCCGGCCGCCUCGCCGCACACGCCACCCCCGCACCCCGCCGCCACCGCCCUCAAGGUGCGCAGGAACUUCAUCAGCAAUGCCAGCCCGCCCGAGUACCAGCCCCACCAGCCCGCGCCGCCGUCCUGGCCGCACCCGCACAAGCUGCACCCCCUGCGGAACGCCCUGGCCUACCCGCUGCCGCUGCUGCAGGUCUGCAACAACCAGCUCGGACAGCUCGGACAACUCGGACAGCUGGGGCUCGUCGAGGACGGCAUGACCACCAAGAAGCCGUGCCGCUGCCCGCCCGAGGAGCCCGUCCACGAGUACUCGUCCAUCAUCGGGCCGCCCCCGCACCACCCGCACAAGGCCGCGCUCGCCGCGUCCACCGAGCCGCUGUACUGGUCGCCCAUCCUGAAGCGGGCCGCGGGCGGCGGCGCGGGCGGCGGCGGCAGCGUGGGCGGAGGCGGCGGGGGCGGCGGCAACGCGGCCGGCGACGAGGGCACGCUCAAGAAGGGCUGGAGCGGCACGUCCAGGGUCUUCAAGUACAUCGUGCAGAGGCGCGGCAACGGCAAGGGCCGGCCGCGACGGGGGUGGCGGUGGCUGCUGUGGCUGCUCGGCGCCGCCGCCCUCACCGUCCUCAUGGCCAUCGGGCUCGCCGCCUACCUCACCUCGGGUUUCGGGCUGAUUCGGUCAACGGAGGCGGCACUGCGAGCGAACGGCAUGGUGACGAUUGCGGGCGAUUUCCGAGUGCUGAGCGAGCGGUGGACGCCGAGUCUCAAGGACCCCAAGUCCGCGGCCUGGAGGACGCUCGCCGAUCGGAUACAAAAUCAGCUGGACGCGCUGUUCGAAGCCAGCCCGCUGUCCGCGCACUACCGCCACUCCACCGUCACGUCACUGCGGCCCAGCGAGCAGGCCGUGACCGUGGCGUGCGACGUGGUGCUGGGCGACGAGGUGCCCGACCUGGUGCAGCGCGCAGGGCUCGCCUUCCUGCACGGGCUGCGGCGCCGCGGCGGCAACGCCUGGCUCGGCGACCUGGCCGUCGACGUGCAGUCCAUCGGCUUCGUCGGCGCCCCCAUCUCCGUGGACGCUGCGGACACGCCGCUGGGCCCCGCCCCCACCCCGGACCCCUCCGUGCCCGGCUGGGCGCCCUGGUCGUCGUGGAGUGACUGCUACUGGACGGACUCGCGCGACAGCCGCGGCAGCGGCAGCAUGGUCCGGCUCCGCAGCAGAGUGUGCGCCAUGGACGGCGGCCGCGGCCGCGCCCUGGACGGCCCCGAGCCCUGUCUGCUGAGGUUGCCGUCGGCCGGCUCGCCGAUCGAGUUCGAGGCCUGCACGCAGAGCCACCCCGCGCCGGGGGCGCCCACCGCCGCCACCAUUCUCAUACAAGACACGGUGGUAGCUCUGAACCCCGCCAAGCCGUCCCAGCCUGCAGUCAGCACAACCUCCCCGGAGCCGUCGUCCACGACGAUGGCCUCCACCACGCGGCGGCCGCCCUCCGCCAUGUCGACGCUCUCUGUGACGCCGACGCCCUCGACUGUGAUACCCCCCUCUGCAUCCCCCUCCUCCCCAUCUCCCUCCCUGUCUUCCUCCCUCGGCGGCGUCUCGACCGCGCCGUCGCUGCAGGCCACCAAGGUGACGCCGACGCCGUCCUCGGAGCCCAACCCGUCGCCCUUCUCCAUGACCACGCUGCUGGUGCCGGUGCUGGUGACGGAGCGGCCCACGACCACGUCCACCACCACUGCAGCCUCGCGCCGAGAGCCCCGCCACUGCGACGAGUGCUUGGCCGGCGAGGUGUGCGUGGCCCUGGGCGAGGAGUCGGUGCCGCGCUGCCACGCCGUCAAGGACCCGCUGGACCCCACGGGCUGUGGCGGCCACUGCAAGCUCAACUUCGAGUUCUGCCAGCGCUUGGACGUGGACGCCUUCCGCUGCGUGGACGACUCGGUGUGCCUGCCCGGCGAGUGGCGCUGCGGCAACCAGCUCUGCAUCCCCCUGGUCAAGCGCUGCGACGGCCACUUCAACUGCUACGACCACACGGACGAGCACAACUGCGAAUGCAAUUUGCAGACCCAUUUCCAAUGUGGAAAUAAGACCUCUUGCCUGCCCAACUCGAAACGCUGUGAUGGUGUGGUGGACUGCUGGGACGCCGCUGAUGAACUAAAUUGCACACGAACGGUCUCGCUUACAGCUUGCCCUCGGCAAGAUCAGUUCACCUGCUCCAACGGCCAGUGCAUUCCUCAUGCAAGAUUCUGCGAUGGAUUUUCGGACUGUGGGGACAAAUCAGAUGAACCAUUUGGUUGUGGUGGUGACUGCAAGAACCACGAAUGGAAAUGCGGGAAUGGCAGGUGCAUACGGAAAAGAGCUGUCUGCAAUGGGGUUGAUGAUUGUGGAGACCAAUCUGACGAAAAGGAAUGCAGAAAAAGCAGGCUUCCUGGGAGCUAAUUUGAAAGCACUCAAAGCUUUCAUGCAAGAACACCAAAAAAGACUCCAAGUGUUUAUAGGUUUAUUUAAUUGUUUUAUAAGAGUUUAUCAAUCUGUAGCCUGAUGGCUGUCAGAAAGAAGCCAAAGAGAAAUCGUCCAUUAUGUAAGUUUUUGUUAGGUGAUGAAAAGUUCUCAAUAUUGUGAUGUUGGUUUAAGUUCAAGUUUCACCAUUCCAAAACUGGGCGGGCGAUGAUACCCCUAGCAAUUGCAAAAUUAUUGUUACCUUUGGCAAACGAAGUGCAUUCACAAAUCAUAUUUUGUGUACUUUUGAUCUACAAAUGAUAUCAAAUUUGUAUACAAAGCAGAAAUUUCCAUUUAACUUUCACAGUACUGUGAGCGACUGAUAGUUUAGGUGACUGUCUUGACUGGAGAAUUUAUGUAAAUUCAGAAAAAAA